UGGCAGCGGACAUAGUGUAACAUUGACCGCACGUUCGUUACAUCGAGGGCGAUGCUUGCCAAUCGACGCAAAAUGCCUACGAUUGCCAUCGUAACGUGCCUGCUAUUCGAGUCAGUUGUUGCCGAUUUCAUGGAUCCAGGUGGAUCCCACAGCUGGUCGGGAUUAGCAAGCUCGUACGGAUCCGGAGGAUACCAAAAUUUUGGUGGACACGCCGACAAUCUAAUGCAAGAAUCUUUCAGCCAUAGCGAUCAUUACCAAUCAGAGCACCAGGAAUCAAGCAAUUAUGGUUUAUUCGACUCUCACCAUGGGGGCUUCGGUCAUGGGGGUUUCGGUCAUGGUGGUGGGUGGGAGCAGCAUCAGCAUGCCCAUGCUUACCCGAUCAGCCAACAUGUCGAAGUCACAAAGCCUGUUGCGAUACCGGUCUACAAAAACAUCGGUGUUCCAGUCGCUCAGCCAGUAGCGAUAAAAGUGCCGCACCCAGUAGCGGUUGGUGUCGCCCAGCCAUAUCCGGUCCACGUGCCAGUCGCACAUCCGGUUGCCAUCCCAGUGGUAAAAACGGUUGCGGUAGCGGUCGUGAAGAAGGUGCCUUAUCCGGUUGAGAAAAUAAUUCCUGUUCCGGUGGAGAAGCCGGUGCCGAUAACCAUUGAGAAGCACAUUCCUGUUCCGGUUGAAAAGCCAUACCCUAUUCACAUACCAAUUUACAAGCACGUUUUUCAUCGCCCUAAGCCGAGUCAUGGUUGGGGUCGAUAGGGAGGGCAUUGAUCGGGGGUUGAGUGAAAAUCAAUCAAAAAUGAGUCAAAUAUUUUUGUUUAUUUUUCUAGAAGACUUGCGAUCAAUUUGUGGAGUCUUUUAUGACGAAUUAUUCGAAAAUAUUGGUAGAAUAAGUGGAUAUAUUUUAAGCAGUUUUGGGGGGGGGGGGGGGGGGAAGGAGGAGGAAAAACUGGAAAAAUGACAAAGAAAUUAAUUUUUUCGACAUUUAUUUGUGUGGAAAGUGUCGAUUACUGAUGAACUCGAAUUCCAAAAUGAACGAGGCGUCGCAGAGUUGGGAAAUGUUUUUAAAAUCUUCCACAAAACUCAUUCCAAGCUCCUUCUUAAGGGCUUGAUAUUUUUUAGCAAACGAGCGAUUAACGGCACAAGGGAAACGUCGAAAUGGGAAAUUAAUGAUAAAACGUAAUGCCCUUAGAAUCAAAAUGGACGUUGCCAAAGGACUUGAAAUCAAGCUGACGAAAACGACCGUGGUUUUAGAAUAGAAUUUGUACAUUUUUUAGUUUUUUUAUUAGUUGAAAUACUUUAAGUCGUUGAAUAAUGAGUAACAGAAAAAUCUUGUUCUGCCAACAUGUAAAUAUGUGUGAAAACAGAAACGUGACAUAUUUGUAAAAAAAUAAACAAUGUUAACAUUA